UACCGCACGCACUUCAGGCCCACAUACAAGCUGGACUACAAGACGGUGACGGAGCUGCAGUGGAGGUGCUGCCCGGGCUACCAGGGCCACGACUGCAUGGACGUGAAAAGCGUCUCCAAGCUACCAGAGCGAAAACUAGAGAAUCUGGCGCCGUUUGCUUCUGGACACAUUUUAGCCGAGGCUACGGACCACCAGGGGGACCGCCAGGGGGACCGCCAGGGCAACCAUCCGUGGCAAGGUCCUGCCGGUACUCCCGGCCUGGAGGACGAGGUGCAACGACUUUCCCAGUUGGUGCUGGACAUGCAAGCCAGGAUAACUGACAUGUCAUCCAACCUGAGGCUGGACUUCCAGGAGGAUGCAAGCAAGAUGCUGUCCUUGCUGCUGGACCAGACGGGGCAGCCCGGCCAACCUGCCAGUGCCAGAGGUGCCGAGAGCAGGACUAUGGACUUGUUCUCUGUGGACAACCUCGUGAAUAAGAUCAGCCUCCUGGAGAGCAGGAGUGACACUUGGAAGCAUCUGGAGGAACGUGUCAACCGGCAUGAUGAGCAAAUUCAACAUCUAACGGAGGAACCCC